GACAGCUGGCAUUCGGUUUGGUGCGGUUCGGCGAUUUCGGUUGGAGUAAUUCCCCCCGGAUCCAGACCGUUCGAAUAGUGUCAGUUAGGCAGUCGAGUCGAGCGAUUCGUUCCGGAACCAGCAGCGAUCUUCCCGAUUCAGCAGCAAAAACGCGCCCGUGUGCGUUUGUGGAUAUUUUUGGAGUAAGGCAUUGCUUUUUUUUUGUGUGUGCUCUGUUUGUGCGGGCAGCCCAGGUGAGGAGGUGAUUAAUGGGCGAGUUCCAUAUCGGUGUGUGGUCGAGGACAGGUGGUUGGCAACAUUGACAGCUCAUCCCGGGGUGAGCCGUGCUUUAUUAGCGCGAUCCAGGUUCAAUAUUUUUUUCGUUCGCUGUCGAUAAUCGCGAGUGAGUGAGCUUCGCACCCAGCUGCUGGGAAAUGCCGAAAAAAGAACACGAUUCUUAAAGUGAAAGUUAAAGCGAGCGUGAAACCGUGCGAUGAUCUAGGGAAAAAUAAGUGAGCUGCAGAAAUGGAAAGAAAAACAACAACAAGCGGGAAGGAUGCGAGGUGAAAAUGAUGGCGAGCGGUCGAAGGGUAAAUCAUUAGCCGUAAGAGCCAAGCAUGUCACCCUUUUGAAGAUGUGAUUCAAACGUUGCGAGGGUGAAACGUGUUGACGAAUUCUGAUUGUUGUUUACCUUUGUACCAGUCUCUGUGUGUCGGUCGGGAGCGGGAAAUCGUGAAUGCUUUUUUUUCUCUCGAGGAAAAGUACCGACGGAAAAUCUAAAGAAUACUGACAAUGGCAGGAAGUGAAUAAUAAAAUCACCCUUCGAGGAACAGGAGGAUUUUCGCGAAUAGAUGUGUUUAGUUGAAUAUGACCGGAGCAAGUUAUUAUUACAAAAAUGAUGAUUGAGUGUGGAAACUGUGGAAAUUUGAUUAAUUCAAUGUGAUUUGCAGCAGCCAACCAACCGACCCGCAAAAAAACAAAAAAAAAAGAAGGAAAACGUCCUUUACAAUAAUGGGAUGGUGAAUGUUAUGCGAAAGGACGCAGUGUGGAAGUAGAACGUGAUCCUGUUGCGAAGAGAAGAAAAUUAAUGAUAUUACACUGUUGAAUAGAAGAGUGGCGCGGCAGUGGUAUUUCGUGGAAGAAAGCAACGCCGAGGAUGUGGAUUCGCUGGUAGCCUUGAAGCAGGAGAAUGGAAAUUACACAGUGAUUAUCGUCAAGUUUUGUUCAUUCUUCUGCCCGAGGACGCUUUUUUCCCAGCGCGCGGUGAAAAUGUGCGUAACGGACGUGAAUUGUUUCACUAAAUGCGGAGCCGAAUUGUUAAACUGCUGUUAUUUUUAGCCAGCACAAUAAAGUUCUCAGCGUGGAGGGAAAAAACUUCACGAAGAAAAAUCGAUUCACGAAAAAAAACUUUGUGUGAACCUGAUGAAUAUGGAUAAGUUUUUGGUCAGCGCUGGAGUCCGGGCGGAUUCGAGCGGACGAGUCGAGCCUAGAACUGGCCGAUGGUUUGCGCUCGCAGCCAUUUUCCAGCUGCUGCUGGCAACGCAUAGUAUUGAAGCGGUCCAGAAUCCACGCAUCAUCGAGCAUCCUAUCGACACAACUGUACCUCGCCACGAGCCUGCCACUCUCAACUGUAAAGCUGAGGGCCACCCGCCACCCAGCAUACAGUGGUACAAAGAUGGAGCAUCGCUUAAAAUUCUGCCCGGGUCGCACAGGAUAUUCCUGCCGGCGGGUGGACUGUUUUUCCUGAAGGUUGUUAAUUCUCGCCGGGAAAGCGAUGCGGGGGUGUACUGGUGCGAGGCGAAGAACGAAAACGGAGUGGCUCGCAGUCGAAAUGCCACCCUCCAAGUAGCAGUGCUGCGCGAGGAGUUCCGGCUCGAGCCACAGCACACCCGGGUGGCCCAGGGUGAGACGGUUCUGCUCGAGUGUGGCCCCCCGAAGGGCGUCCCGGAGCCGAUGGUUGCGUGGCGAAAAAACGGCCAGAAGCUGGACAUCGAAACGUCGAAACGGAUUCGCAUUGUAGACGGAGGCAAUUUGGCCAUCCAGGAUGUUCGCCAGACGGACGAGGGACAGUAUCAGUGCAUAGCGAAAAAUCUGGUCGGAGUGCGAGAGUCUACGAUGGCUUUCCUGAAGGUACACGUCAAACCAUUUCUGAUACGAGGUCCGCAUGAUUCAACGGUUGUGGAAGGGUCCUCGGUCACAUUCCAGUGUCGGGUGGGAGGUGAUCCCAUGCCGGAUGUUCUCUGGAGGCGAUCUGCCUCUGGUGGAAACAUGCCACUAGAUCGGGUUCACAUUCUGGAGGAUCGAAGCCUUCGGUUGGAGAACGUGGUUUCCGAUGAUGAAGGAGAAUACAGUUGCGAAGCAGACAACGCCGUCGGAGCGAUAUCUGCUACGGGGACAUUGACUGUUCAUUCUCCACCUCAUCUAGCGAUACGACCCGUUCCACAGAUGGUCGAAGCGUCUCACGAUGCAUCAUUCGAGUGUAAAUCUGAAGGUCGUCCCAAACCUACGAUAUUCUGGUCUAUUGAAGGCAAUCGAAGUUUGGUAUUCCCAGGCAAUAAAUUCGACCGUUUUGAUACUUCCAGUACACUCGAAGGGUCAACUGUCCUUACGAUACAGCAAACCAGUAAGACAGAUAAUGGUCUGGUGGUUGUUUGUAGUGCUGUUAACUCCGUUGGAUCCAUUAGUGUUCGUGCGCGUCUAACUGUGGCUUCACAGGAUGAUCGUCCUCCUCCAGUGAUAAUUCUCGGCCCAUCGAACCAAACUUUGCCGGUGAAAUCAGUCGUUGCACUCCCCUGUAAAGCUGUUGGUAAUCCAACUCCGAUCAUAUCCUGGUAUCUGGAUGGAAACCCAGUUAUUAACUCUGAACGAAUAAACACUACCGAGAAUGGUACUCUGGUAAUUCAUGACCUGGACAAAAGUACCGAUCAAGGUCUGUACACGUGUGUCGCGAGCAGUCGCAGUGGGAAGUCAACAUGGAGCGCUUUUUUAAGGUUGGAAGCUCCAACGAAUCCGAACAUAAACUUUUUUCGAGCUCCCGAACCUAGUGCCUUCCCUAGUGCCCCCGGGAAACCACAAGUUUUGAAUGUCACGAACAGCUCGAUCAGUAUAUCGUGGCUUCCUAGCAUCAAAUCUGGGGCAUCAGAUAUAAACGGAUAUUUGAUAGAAGUCUAUGCCACCGAUAUGGCGAAAAGUUGGCUCCCUAUUCCCUACAAGAUCUCCUCCACAAGCUACACGUACUCUCCGGUAACGGCAGAUGUUUCCUACACCUUCAUCGUACGAGCAGAGAACGACCAAGGUCUGGGAAUUCCAAGUCUUCUGUCUGAUCCAGUGACCAUCGGUCGGGGUAACAAUCAUGGUGAGGAUCUGAAUCUGAGCGAAGCUCAGGCGACACUCUCCUCCGGAAGCGUCGUGAACUUGCUAGAGGCUAACUCAUCCGAUUCGACGAGCGUUCGUCUUGCCUGGGAGAUCGUCAACGGGCAGUAUGUCGAGGGGUUCUACAUCUACUCACGCAAGCUGAACAGCAAUGGGACGUACAAAACGUUGACAGUGCUACAUGGUGGAGGAGCUUCCGCUUGUACGAUAAACGGGCUGGACAAGUACACCGAGUAUGAGUUCUUCCUGGUUCCGUUCUUCAAGACAAUCGAGGGGCGACCGUCGAACUCUAGAACUGCUCGGACGCUGGAAGAUGUUCCCAGUGCAGCUCCUGUCAACAUGGAAGCAGUCCUUUUGAAUACUUCGGCAGUGUAUUUGAAGUGGGAACCGCCCUCGAAUCACAGUCUCAAUGGAAAACUAAAAAACUACCACAUCAUCAUACGAGGGUACGAUGUCCACAAUCUGUCCAAAGUUCUAACGAACAUGACGGUCGAUGGUGAAUCCCCGAAGCUGCUACUGGCGAAUCUCUCCGCUGGCGUCACAUAUUCCGUCAGCAUUGCCGCCUCCACAAGGGUUGGCAUUGGGCCGUUCAGUGUACCUUCCAUUCUGCGACUGGAUCCACAUACGAAACGCCUGGAUCAAGGUUAUACCAGAUACCCAAUCAAUCAUGACUACUCCCACGAUAUCCUAACCCAGACCUGGUUCAUCAUUCUUUUGGGCUCGAUCAUUGCCAUAAUCGUGUUUCUCUUCGGGGCGACCGUCAUCUUCCGAAGGAUACAGUUCAUGAAACAUAGUUCCCUGAAUAGCAUGCAUGGAAAUCACGCAAUCGGGACGGUGCGCAAGUUCCCAACGCUGCCGCUAAAUCCGAACGGUGUCUGGAUAGACCCGGGUGGUGGCGUGUGGCGGCAGGCGUCCGAUAUCACCAAGGAAGCCAUCACGGACUACGCGGCCGUUUCGAAUGCACCCACGCUGCCGCUGCCGGACUACGAAAGACUAUCUCCUCUGAACAUGCCCGAUUACGCGGAGGUCGCCGGAUGUUCAUCAUUCAAGAAUGACCUCGGUGGAUCGCCAUCGUACGAUAAUUACGGUGCGUACGCGUCUACUACUUUGGUAGGCCGCGCUACCGGCACUCAUCCCGGAGUUGGAACCAUUCCUGUGACAGCAGCGACAACAGCAGCAGCUGCAGCUGGUGCCCAAAUGUACACCCAGAAUCAGUUUGAUGGGAAAAAUGUUUAUUCGGCUCCAACGAGCUGUCAUUACAAUAAUUUCAUAAAUCAACAUCAACUGCGUCAUCAGCAGCAACUCCACCAACAGCAGCAACAGCAGCAGGUCCUGGCCAACGCAGCCGAGGCCAAACGGUACGGCGGGAGCAUGAAGAGCCAGAAAAUGAACAUCAUCGAGAACCGGAUGGCGGACAUGAUGAACAACUUGGGUCACAGCCAGACCUCAGUGUCAUCCGCGUCGACGGCGGUGGCAGCCAUCCCGGGGUCACCAUACGGUGGCUCCAGUGUAAGUAAUCUCAACACGAACAGUAGCAGUAAUCUACUUCCGGCCGGAGCCACCGGCACAAGCGUUAGCGUUCCCCACACGCCCCUAUUCGGCACUAUCAAGCGAACUACAAAAUACAACAAAAUAGGCUACAAUAAGGAUAAUAAACUCAAUUUCGGUGAUAAUGGGCGCUCAACCGAGCAGCCAUUGUUCAUCAAAUCCAAGUAUGACGGAACAUGGACCUCGGUCCCCAGCACAACGGCGUCGUCUGCAAAUAACAUAAAUAUGAUUAAUAAUUCGCCAUAUCACCAGCAGCAGCAGCAGCAACAGCACUCGCAACAACAUCAUCAAUCCCAACAGUUGCCGCCUUUGGGCCAUCACCAUCAUCCGAAUGCUGGCAAAGGUACCACCGGCGGCAAUAUUCUGGAUCCGCUCCCGACAGGAGCUGGAAGCUUGGGAGUAUCACUGCAAACAAAUAAUUUAGAUAAUCAGCAAAUGCUAAACAAUAAUCCCAACAGCAAUAGCGGCAGCAACUCGCCGAAUUAUUUAAGCAGCUUUGGUAAAACGGAUAAUGUGUAAACUUUAGACGGUAGUGGCUCGGGGGUCUGGUCUGGCAAGUGACACAGCGCGCUCCGACAGUGGACAACGACCCGUGGCCUAGAUACGGUAAUGUGUUGAUGCGUUCCGAAGGAAUGAUGUGUUAUGUGUGACGAGUGUUAUGCGAAGCCGAGGAUUCUUAGGUAGAUUGAUCUGCUCUAGUGUUGAAUAAUGAUGCUGAGCGGUGGAACAGGAGUAUCAAAUGAGGUUUUCGAAAUUUGAUUACAAAUAAUUUACAACAAUGAUUUGAUUCUAGAAUGAUGAAGAUGAAAUACAAUUAACUUGGCUCUUAUCGUGCCCAUGGGUUGCCAUUCUCGAAACUAAGAAAUUAAUAUGAUAUUUUUACAUGUUCCUUUCAUCCUCAGCGCAUUCCGCAUGCGGAAGGACACCCGCAAUUCAAUUGAAAGUUUCACUCAAUGGAUUGUGUUGUUUGAACACCAGAUGCUCGGGUGAAUGAAUGCAUCGAUUCGUUCUGAGCAUGACGAUUGGAGGCCUCGCUUCAGUGUGAAGAAUGAAACGAAUAAACGUGAAGCGAACGAAACGUGCACGAAGCAAGAGAUAUACCGUUUUGUCUCAAACUCCGAACACUUAAGCUUUUUAUUUAUUUAUUUAUUUAUUCAAAUUUAAUUAGUAACUUGAGACGUUUGUCUCUUCAAUUGUUACACUGAUUUAUAUACAAAUGGUGCAUUACUGAUUAUAAAAUUAUUAAUUGUUGCUUUGAAGAAAUGAGUUUAACGACUAAAGUUCUCUAUACAUUUCCUCUUAAAUACUGUAUGUGAAUUUACAAGAGUUAACUCAUUUGGCAAUGAAUUCCAGUGUGAAAUGCCUCUCACGAAGAAAGAGUUACCAUACCUGGAAGUGAAGUGUCGUGGAAUUGCAUAUUUUUUUGAGCGUAAACCUCUUAGAGUUACUAAUUUUUCGUGUAAGUAGCCUGGGAGUUUUGUCCUUGCAAGAUUGAAUAAAAAGAUGCAACAUCUCAUCGGAGCAAAUUCACUAAACGGACAACCAAUCAGAUGAUAUUGGAGGUGAGAGACUCUGGCAAAUCUAUUCAGUCUGAAAACAUAUCGAACACAGGCGUUCAAUGCUACUUGUAGUUUAGAUUGCGCGAAAACUGAUGAGUUAGAUAAAAGAAAAUCGCAGGCAAUAAAGUGAGGCAAUACAAGGCUUUUGAAAAGCUUAAGUUUAGUGUCAGUGCUGAGGAAAGAUGUGGUAGAUAUACUUUUCCACAUUGUUUGAAAAUAUAUUUAUCAAAGCUAAAAUUAGCUUUGAUGGCGAUUAAACAGUGUCUCGUUACUAAAAAUGGUACUCUAUCGCGAAAUUAAUUUGAAUUUUGGAUACCAUAGAUCCAAUGAGGUACAUAUUGAGGUGGAGCAGUAGGCGAAGUAUAUCUGUAUUGGCAAGCAAAAUAUCGUAUCAUAAUUAUUUGCAUUCAAUAUAGAAUGUACAGGGUUUUCCAUUUCGGGCUUCCGAAAGUAUACAGCCCUGCGCUGACAACCGUUUGACAUAGCUGUCUACCAAAGCGUCAUAUCGUUAGUUGAAUGUCUGCCAUUUUACAAUAUGGAUCGUUUUAGCAUCGCACAACGUGUUAAUUUUGUUAAAUUAUACUAUAAAAAUGAUGAAAAACCGGCAAAUGUUUUUCGAGCAUUACGGACGGAUUUUGGUCGUCAUGGACGGCCUACAGAGCACACAAUCGCUAAUGUAGUGCGUAAAUUCGAACAAACUGGAUCCGUAGCGGAUAUUGUGAAACCUGUGCAUCAUCGUAAUGUGCGUUCGGCCGAAAAUAUUGCUGCUGUUGCUGCCAGUGUGGAGGAUGACCCGAAUGUUUCGAUUCCACGGCGUGCUCAGCAAUUGGGUUUGUCAAACACAUCAUUGUGGCGAAUUUUGCAUUUGGACUCGCACCUACAUCCAUAUAAAGUCCAACUGGUACAAAAAUUAGAGCGUGGUGACCAUGGAAUGCGUCGGGCAUACGUCGAUUGGGUGAACGAACAACAGCAGCAAAAUGCUGAAUUUUCGCAUCAAAUUUUCUUCAGUGAUGAGACACAUUUCGAGCUCGGUGGCUAUGUGAACACCCAAAAUUUCCGUAUAUGGGGCUCAGAAAAUCCACACGUGAUUGUUGAGAGGCCAUUGCAUCCGUCAAAAGUCACUGUUUGGUGCGCAUUAUGGUCUGGUGGAGUCAUCGGGCCGUAUUUCUUUGAAAAUGAAGACGGCGAGACGGUAACUGUGAAUGGUGAGCGCUAUGGCUGCAUGUUAACCGAUUUUUUUUUGCCACAAAUUGAAUAUAUGGAUACGGAUGACAUGUGGUUUCAGCAGGACGGCGCCACGUGCUACACAACACGACCGAACAUGGCCAUAUUGCGAACGAAAUUUGAGGGACGCAUAAUUUCGCGUUUUGGUGAUGCCAAUUGGCCGUCCAGAUCAUGCGAUUUUGGGGGUUAUGCGAAAAACCGUGUCUAUGCCAACUCUCCGCAAACUCUUGAACAUUUGAAAGACAACAUUCGUGAAGUUAUGAUCGAGAUACCGCCCCAUAUGUGCCGAAAAGUCAUCGAAAAUUAUCUGUUCCGGAUCAAGGUGUGCGAGGAAGCCCUAGGUGGACAUUUGAAUGAUGUUGGAUUUCACACAUAAUGACAUAAACCAAACUUUAAUUUGAAAUAAAAGUUUCAUCGAAAUUCGAAUUCUAAGUGUGUUUUAUUUUAAUUUACUUUCGGAAUUUAAAGUUGGAAAACCCUGUAUAUUAAAUUGUUUGCAAAGCAAGAAGUUGCAAGAAUUAUCCGUGAGACACGACAAAUGAAUUAGCAGGUUCACUACAUAUGUUUAAAAUCUCUGUUCAUGUGCAUCAGUUGAAGCAUGGUUACGUAAAUCGUUACAACUUGUGCGUUUUAUCUAUGCGUCGAUUUUUUCAAAGCAAAUCGUGGCGGGUGAUGAAAACGGGUCAUUUGAAACAAUCCGACUGACCCGGUGUUCACCUGAAAAAAAAAUUAUGAUUGUCAAAAAAAAUGAAUUAUGAAGUUGUCAAAUCGGAGGCGGACUUCAAGAGAAAAUGGAUUUCUGUUCAAAAAAAACUACAACCUGAUGUUGUACAGAACCUUAUGGACGGGGUAAAAAGGAAGGUGCGAGCAUACGGGCUUGGGCUUGAAGUAUGAAUAAAAAGAAAAUGCCAAAAGUUGUUUAAUAGUUUUUAUUUUACUGUCUAAAAUUUUCAAAAGGAUCGGUCUACUGGGCGAAUUUCUACAGCGUUUUUUCCGUGAUGCAAUUUGAUGUGACACACCCUUUAGCCGCAGGUGCAGAGGACUUGCUAAACCAAGUAUUUUCGGGGAGCCUGAAUAGUUCCAUGAUAUUGAAAAUUUCAAUCACUUUUCCCCUUCCCGUUACCGUAUAAAACUGCUGUUCGGUUAGCUACUUCAAGUGCGAUUUUACGUACCGCCCAUCGUCCUUAACAACGCAAUCAUACUUCGUGAGCUGUACCGCAUAUAGCUUCCGAGAUCGUUGUUUGUCCGUCGUUCUCCCUGUCGUCGCGGUUUGGAGUCUUCACCUUCUAGGACCGGUAGCGUAGUACUUUGGCUCGCUGAACUGUUGUGUGCGAAACACCCAAGUUAUAUUCGACGUCUGGGAUUGAAUGAUUUGGAUUCCGCUUGAAACUGCUAGCCACUUUUUUCGUCGCAGCUGCACCUCCGUCCUUCCAGUUUUCCUCCAAUCUAGGUUUCUUGGCAAUCUAUAAACAAGCCCCGAUCCCUUUAAACAUGAUCGUCACAGUUGAUUUGCGCGAGCAAAAUUUUUCUUUUUGAAAGUCAUUUUUAAAACUGAAGAGCAAACGUCAAAAUCAAAAUUAGUUAAUGAUGAUACUUGCAAGCACUUUGUUCCGAAAAAAGACCCCGUUCACCUGCCUUGGUCUAGCAGUAUCAUGCGUCAUUUGAAGACUGUUAAAAGAGCCUUACUAAGGAAAUUCUCAAUUGAUGACGUAAUGAUUUUUGUAAAUUACGCUAUGCAAAUACUGUUUAAAACAACAGUAAAUGGAUUCUUGGUAAAAAUUAACACACAGAGAUAUGAUUUGUCACCUGUCAUGAUUGUCGACCAUGCAGAUGCCUCCACGAUCUCUGGCAUUGGUGAAUUUUUCUGUCUCCAGUUCAGUUGUGUUUUCGACACUGAACCAAUCAGUAUAACCUCGUUCAAAAUGAUACCGAAAACACUCUGAUUCAAUCGAAAAUUGACUCCAAUUCUGAGAUCGGCGCUGAAAUGCUGCUCUAACUGCAGUCUUAUUGGAUUAGAGUGUAAAAAUUUUACUUCCGCCGGUGUCAAUACAGGAGGUCAUCUAGGACCUUUAAUUUUCUUGUUGUACCUUAACGGCAUCGUCUUGAUUCUUGAAUGUAAGAAGUUUUCUUCUGCAGAUGACUUCGAACUACAAACAUCAAUGAUCUAGGCCAGUGGUGGUCAGGUAUAGACAUGGUGCGGGCCGCAUUAGAAUUUUCAUUAUAACCGCGGGCCGCAAUGAUUUUUUUUCUUAUCACUGUUCCUAAUGAAAUGUCAAAUAUACGUAUUCAACUGAUUAUUUUUUUGACUCACUUUUUAUUUCAAAUUAGAAAGUAUCCAGUUCUAUACCUGUAAAAUUCAUAACUCGAGAAUAAAAUGAGAUAAAAACCCAAAACGUUUAUUGAAGGUAUAGAAGUAUCAAAAAAUAACAUGGAAAACGCUAAGGCCAAUCGUUAAUCACUGCAGCAUCUCGAUAGAAUUCUUUGACGAACGGUAAUUCCAAUGUUUCAAUGAGAACUGUGAAUAAUCCGAUGGAUUGGCAAAUGGUCAAUCAUUUGCGGAGAUGAAGUCUGGUAGGAUAAUUGCUAGUUUCGUUUUUUAAACGUUCUGGGAGUUUUUUUUUGCAUCAUUCCAAACAUAUUCGCUCCAAUCUGGGCGUCAAUAAAUGACUCACACAUCGAUGUACGCACCAAUUGAUCUCGACUGAUGAACGUUUUUGUUUCCGAAGAGGAUUGCGUUGAAGGCGUUCAUGUACAACUUAGAUAACAUUGUUCAGCCGUACCGACCUCGGUCGUCCCUUGUUGGGUCUAUCGCCAACAUCAGAUGUUUCUUUGAACUGUUGUAGUGUACGGAACACGAAUCGUUCGUUGAUAGAAAACCGUUUGAGCAGCUCCUAGAUCUGUUUUGACGUUUUCCCGCACUUAAAUAACGUGACAUUUGCCACACGGUUCUCGUACAGACCGAACAUUAUCGUUGCUAGGAAGCCAAACAAGUAGAGUAGAGUGGGGUCAAACCGGUCGGUUUCUUUUUGGAGAGCUCGUGCGAUGGUGUUUUUGCACCAAUUUUAAAAAUUAAGCACGCGUUGGAAAGGUUAUUUAUCUGGCAACAUUUUGGCUAUACUGACUUCAAGUCUGGCUAAAUAUUUUGCAAGCUAAAUUCAAUAAGGCGAAAGUACCUUUUUUCGAGAUUUUAAAAAAGUGAAGUCAAUAUAGGUCACUAUAUUUGGCGUAAAAUAAAACAAUAUACACGUUUACAAAAUUAGAGCUUGAACUUUUAUUUGAAGAAUAUGAAUAGCAUAGAUACUAUAAAAAUAAGGAACACAAAUAAUACAGGUUUUCAUUGACGCCAUUCUAGUAGAAAAAUCUCAAUGUAGCAAAUGAUUAAAAAAAAUAUGAAACUGUGGAAGAAAUCGUCAUCAAAGUGUGGAAUGGGAGUUCUGCAUUCCGGCUCACAUGUUUGCUUAGCUUUUGGACGACCACGUUUGCGCUUUGGCGCAUUUUUCUCCGAAUCCUGUUGCUUCUCUUUUUCGGCCAACUUUUGCUGUUUUUGGAUAAGUUUGCUACUUUUCUUUCUUCUUUUUUUUCGGCGAAAAUUUUUUUUUCUGGCUUGCGCGGCUGAUUUUUUCUGAGCUGCAGCUGCUUACUUAGCGCGUAAAGACUCCAGCAUCACUGAAUCAGUAAGAAGAGCAGAUUUACGUUGCUUCCGGCCUCGUUUCGAUGGUUUGCGCAGUGGAGCUUUCGGAAAAGGCCGAAUGUCUUCAAUUGAAAUUAGUUGGUCGAGGCUCGAUCGACUGGGCUCGGCACUCGAUGCAACAGCCUCUUGAUGGGCAUGCGAAGAACCAGCUUCUUGAUGGACAUUCGAUGGACCAGCCUGUUGAUUGGAAUUUGGUGGAAUUUGGCAGUUCAGCUAUGAGGUCGAUGGUAAUAGGAAUGCCGGAAUGGUUGAACAUCCACGCCUCGCACGAAUGAUCAAAAUACAUUUUGAGAGGCCCAAAUACUCCUCUAUCGAGACUGGUGUGCGGAGGUAGAGUUAACACUUCAGUAUUAUUCUCCUUACAAAAGUCUAAUCCAGAAAUCGUCAUGUGUGAUUUGUAGUUAUCCAUGAUGAGCAAAGUUUUCUCAGUGCUGGAUCGGAUCGCGUAAUUUUUGAAGUGAUGCAGCCAUUCCAAAAAUGUGUCGCUUGUCUGCCAUCCCGAACCAUUUGCUACUCCUCUUGCAUUCGUAGUGCUACGCAGUAAAAACUUGUCCUGGAAUUUUACCCGUGGAUAGAUGAAGAAAGGUGGGAUUCGAUCGCCCGCAGCUGACACUGCGAGUGCCAUUGUCACAUUCGUACUUCGUUCACCAUAACUUAUUGUACCGACACAUCUAGUACCUUUAGACGCCACAACGAAUUUGGUUUUGUGGACAGUGGACAGUCCCGUGUCAUCCAUAUAUUAUAACAGCAGCAUUAUACUCAUGUGAUUCGCGCACCUUUUCGUAAGUGUCAAAAAAUGCGUCCACUAUUGGCUUAUUGAAGGCUGCGGCACGACCAAGUGAAGUUUGCACAGGGCGGCGCAAACUCAAAUCAGAGUGGCGCUUCAUAAAUCCAUGCAGCCAAUCUCUGGUAGCUGCUGGUUCUUCGUCAGAAUUUUUCGCUGUCCAGGAGUCAGGCACUUUUUAAUGGCUUUAAUUUCCUUCAACUUGCAUGCGAAUUGAAAAGCGAGAGACCGUAUUUGUUGAAAUGAAAGUCCGUGGAACAUAUUCGCUGAUUUAACCAAGUAAUCACGUAACAACUUUUCUUGUUCGUCAUUGAAUACCUGCAGAUUAAAUAGAUGACCCUUAAAAUAGUUAUAAAAUGGCGCCAGUCAUUUAAAUUGCUAGAUUGUUUACUCACCCGAUAUGCCUGAUGCGCUUCCAGUAAUAACGAGCCUUUUCCUGUCACACGAGCACGUAAUGUUUCAAAUGGAAUGUUAAAUUGUUUAGAGGUUGAUCGGACACUGGCGCCCGAUCGAACAGCAAAGAUUGCGUUUUUUAUGUCCUCUUCACUUUGUUUUGAUGUUUUUCGCACAUAAUUACGCACCAUUUUGCUGUAAAAAAAAUAAAAAUCCAUUUAUCUAUUUUAUGUAAUUCAAAGUGGUGACCUAUAUUGCCCCCAGACGGCCGACCUAUUAUGCCCCCAAGCACAUGUUUCAUGUUGGUGUCCGUAUUUUUUUUGCAACCAAAAAUAUAGAAAAACGAACGAAUGAUCGUGUUAAGCAUUAAUUUUUACGUGAGAAUAAAACUUACUUGGCGAUUUUUUACGUGCAUUACACGCACUGCAGUGGAAAAUAAAGACAAUGAUUUGUCGCAGAAAAACACACGAAAACAUAAACGUCGCUGAAACUCAGGUAACUAACACAUGGCAACAGUCAAAAUGACAGCCGUGAACGUUGUUGUCUGCCACGUAUCCAAUCACGAAAAACAAGCGACAUCUGUAAUAACAUAGCGACGAUAACGCCAUCUACCUAUUAUGCCCCCAUACCGGUUUGACCCCAUUCAACUCUACUGAUGGGAACACGAAACUUUGUAAAAGUGAAGAGGAACAUCGAACUACACGACUGAAGUGAUACCACUUUUCUUCGCUCCAAUAUUUUCUGCUGAGAGCAGUCGCGAUUUCACUGACAGAAUUAUGUCUAUACUUGAUAAGUAAAUACGGUAUCACGAUUAAAUUGGACGUUCUUUCAAUCAUUGAAAAGUUUCUACAAUAUUUUUUGUUUGGAAUUUUUUGAGUAAAUCAGUUGCUCAUUUUCUAAUAGUUCAUUUUAUAUGACUAUUUGCGCAAUUCGGCUUCAGGCACGACGAUUGGAGUAAAAUUGUGUGUUUUAGAAGACGACAGUCAUUGAAAAUUUUAAUGGGAACUGGGAAGUAUAUGUUUGACUAGGUAAACUUCUGUCAUUUUCGAUAGAUAUGUAUAGAGAUGUUAGAGAUGUCUUAGUUUUGGUAAACAGUGGAGACAUUUUUUUUAGCGUGUUUAAGAUUUUUGAAAAAAUCAUUUCGCAUCCCUGAACAGUUCAAUGUUGAUUGUUUUUUUUUUUGCGAAAGCCCAUUUCUAAAUCAAUAAAAUUUGCCAACUGGAUACUGGAUUGAAAUUGAUGGUUGAAAUAUAAAUCUACGUUAUCGCUCCAUUUGAAUUCGAUAUUUUUCGCGUUGAAACCGGAACUGUGUGUAUACCUGUACGUAAUGCAUACUUUCCAUUCGAUUUUUUUUGCAUUUUGAAAAUACUUUCAUUUCUACAAAAACAACCAUUUCCUUUACACAACUCAAUUACAGAUGCGUAAUCAUGAUUUAAUCGUGUUUAAUCCUAGCUCGCAUUCAAAUGCAAACAAUUAUCCUGCGACAAAAUGCUGAAUCCUACCAUUUUCCUGAUAUUUCUGCAUCCGCACGGAGGCAACAAAAACUCUUGCAAAAGAGCAUCCUACCUUCCCGACGUGAACAAGAAAUGUAUCGAAUUAAGCACCCAAGCAUUGUGCAGCAGCUGCGCCAUUGCUGGCGAAGUGGCGAAGUGUAUUGUUCCCCUCGUGCGCUAGUAAUAAUGAUGAUUGUAUCCUCUCUGACUGAUGAAGUCAGCGAUAGUUACGGCGGAAUAACCCCUCCACAUCGGUGACGAUGGUGGUGGGUGGUCGGUCGGUCGGUGGGUGUUGGUGCACUGAUGAAGUUUGCUUACGCUCCAGUCGCUAUCAUGUCCCUAUCAUUUGUGUUUCGUACCUGCGCCUUUCCGGCACAUCGAUGCACUUCCGCAAUCCCAAAACGGUUUGAUUGAGACGAUUACGAAAAAUGAUGAUUAUGCUACCAUUGCUGAUGGGGUUGGAUCCUUUUGUCGGCGCCUUUUUGUGUCUGGUGGCGUCGGAGGUGAUCAGUACAUUAUCAUCAGCCAUUCUGUGGAAAGCUUCUGGUUGGCGUUACCGCCAAGUGGGGCAUUCCUUUGAGGAUGAUAAUAUAACAGAAGUGUUGAAGUAGCUGCUUUAUCGGACGGGACCAAAAUUGGUGGAUUUACUUAUUUGAAAAAUAACAAAUUGCUGACGGGAUUGACCCCACUUUACAGAACUUUCAACAUCCGUACCGCUCGUUAUGUCAAAAGUUUAUUUCCUGCAUCAUUGCCGGGCCACUCGAGCAAUGCAAAGAAAUAACGGCGAAAAGUUUCGAUUACAACGAACACGCAUUUCCCGGGUUAAUCCUCGUGGGAAACCUCCCACAGCAUCCAGCCAUGCUCACGUCGACGGUCGCAAUUAGCGUCAAAUUCCGUUGUUUCCGCCUGGAAGAUAAUAAUUGCACCCGCAAAAGUCACGAACAAUGCAGUCGCGCUGUUGUAUUCGCUCACACACACAUAGCGCACUUAUCGCUCAUUUACUCCGUUUCAUUUAUCCUGCUGGAUACAGUGGGUGCCAUCUACGGGACCAAACUACUGCGGGUGGUGCUGAUAGAGGGAAGGUAACACGGAUCUAUGUUGGAGUCGGAACGAGAAAGAACCUAUUCUCCAUUGGAAUGUGUGAAAUAGCUUUUACACGUUCACCUGGUUACUUCUGUAUGAGAUGACAGAAGUGAAAGAGGCUCUUGUUGCAGCAUUUCGAGCUUGUCAGGGUUCACUCUGGCUCAAUUAUGUGCCACCAUAUUACUAAUAGAUUGCGUCUGUAAUAUCAACAUGAGGCCUAGCAUUGUCGCUUUUCGGCCAACGCAUUAGAAGAUUACAAGAUUAUCGAAUCAUAACACAAAACAAUAAUUUUAACCACUAGCAGAGGAACAUUCUCAGAA